ACACAUCGUUGAGCUGUUACGUACUUUUAUCUGCAUUUUGGCUACGAACUUUUCCCGUUCGUGCACAUCUAAAGCUCCUAAGAGCGAACAAAUUUUCAAAGAAAAGCGUUAUUUCGCGUGGAUGCGUCAAGCUAUCGUGCGUACGGAACGACUAAACCUCAGCUAACAGCCACAUGCGUAGGCAUCGAAGUACGUACGCUCCGUAUCAUUCGUCAAAACGUCGUUAAAUAUCAGCGUGACCAGUUGAAAUGUGCACGAAAGAAACAAGUACGUCGCUUCCAGUUGAUAAAGCGCGUCACAGCGAGCUGUGAGCCGGGUAAGCGUUAACACAGGUGGUUUCCUAAUUCUCGACUCCACACUCGAACGUGCCGAACGAUGGUCGAUUACUACAAAGUGCUUGAAGUACAGCGGAAUUCUAGCAGCGCUGAUAUCAAAAAGGCGUAUAGAAAGUUGGCAUUGAAAUGGCACCCGGACAAGAAUCCGGACGAUUUGGAAGAGGCGAAUAGAAGAUUCAAGGAAAUAUCAGAAGCUUAUGAAGUUUUGAGCGAUGAUGUGAAGAGACGCACUUACGAUCAGCGCUUGUAUCAGAAGGCGGCGUCGAGGCCCGGCCGUGGAUUCACCUUCCGGAGUUUCUUUGAUUCUCCCUUCCAGCGUUACUUCGAGAAGAAGAGACGCGUUUACGAUCAAUAUGGCAAGGAAGGCCUCCAGAUGCCCGGAACCAAACGACGCCACGGGGACGACUUUGAUCCGCACUUCGGCGGCACGUUUGUCUUCAGAGAUCCUGAGGAAGUGUUUAGAGAAUUUUUCGACGGCAUACCGUUCGAAAAUUUAUUCACCAGUUUUCACGAUGGUGGCUUACGGAGAAAUGCUGGCGCGAGACACGGUCAUCCAACUAGUAAUAGUCUAAGCACUUCUUUCUUCGGGCCCUUCGGAUUCGACUUUCGUCUACCGUUCGACGGUUUAAUGGAGAACGCCGGCACCGCAGGAAACUUUACCUCUUUCGGUUCCUUCGCCAGUUUCGAUGGUGCGAGCGGCGGCACUGCUGUGAAACGCACUAGUACGUCGACUCGGUUUAUCGACGGCAAGAAAAUUACGACCAAAAAAGUUUAUGAAAAUGGAAAAGAAACGAUAAUGUCUUACGAAAAUGAUGUACUGAAAUCGAAGACGGUGAACGGCGUGCCACAAUCAAUAACGUUCAACGAAGCAUCCACGAGUCGUCAAGUCAGUGAGAACGUCAACGAUAACACAGUGGGCCACACCAACGCGUCCAGUUGCGACCAUCUAAAAGCUAACAGAGUAAAGACGCGUCAUCAUCUGCUCACGAGUAAGAAGCACGAUAGAAGUAAGAGGAAAUAAGCUGCUUCGCUCUUGUCAAGUUCCUUAUAUAUCCAAGUCGACAAGUGUGCGCUCCUGAUAUACUUGACAGAAUUCACACGGAUAAAUUUUCAUUCUAUUGCUGUUCACUGUCCACUAAUCCGAUAUGGAAAUCCGAGAAGCAAAGUAAAAGUAUUGCCGAUUUAUCUAUGAAUAUAUACAAGAGGGAGAGACGGAUUAUUGAUAGAUUUGACAUAUCUACGCGGUUCGGUGAAUAAAAAGAAAUUCAAAUUUAUUUCAAAAAACAAAACAUUUGUCAGCUUUUCGGUCUUUAAAGCAAAGCGGCUCGCUAUCCGUUAUCACUGAAUGAUUUAGCUUUGUAAAAGAAAUUCAAUUUUAAAUUUAAGUUAGGUGCUCGUGAUAGCGUAUCGCUUACGCCGCGAAACAAUUUACAAGUAACAUCUGUCUAUCACAUAACUGUAAAAUGUAACAUUCGCCGUUCGCUAACUUAUUUUUCAAUUAAACGUAUCACUAGAUUACAGAACUGACGCAAACUCAUGAUUUCUCAAAGUAAUAAAAACACCUUAUGCACGUCGUGUUCGGUUAAUAAUAGUAUAAUUUAUUUUUCGUCGCUGCGUAUUUUUAUUAUCGUUGGCUAGCAUUAUUUACCGAUUUAAGUUCUAGCUAGGUACACACUGAAACAGCGUUGAAACUGUGUUAGAAGACCGUCUUCAAUCUUGUGUCGAUUUCCUUCGAUUAGUUAUUUACAUAUGUAUAUAUAAUGAUAAGAAAAAUGUUAUAGAAAUACAUUAUUAAUAUACACUAA